AUGGACAAGGACGAGAUCGUCAAGGAUAUCGAGGUCCAGAAGGACACAGGCUUCCACGCGGCCCUUCAGGACGCAGUCUACAAUCUCACACUGCGUGAUGUCAAUCCAGUCAAUGUUCAGGUAAGAAAUUUGUCUCUUCAUCUCGAUACUUCCCCUCCAAUAUGGGAAUCAUCGCCAUCACACUUCUGGCGUCGUCUACGGGGUCAGAAAAUCGAAGGUACCUCGAAGACGGUGCUCGAUGGAGUUAACGCGAGCAUGCCAAGUGGUAGCUUGACAGCUAUCAUCGGAAGUAGUGGAUCGGGGAAAACAUCAUUGCUCAACCUUAUGGCCGGUCGCAUGUCACUCUCUCGCGCCUCCGUUGAGGGAGACACUACCUUCAAUAACAACACCGAGAUCCAAAGCAUCCGCAGUGCCUACGUGAUGCAAGAGGAUGUUCUCGUUCCCACUUUGACUGUCCGUGAGACUCUGCGGUAUUCGGCUGAUCUGCGACUGCCUCCACCGACCACCCAGGAAGAGCGGUAUGCCAUCGUGGAGCAGGUUAUCCUUGAGCUUGGCCUAAAGGAUUGUGCUGAUACGCGCAUUGGGACGACAGCCCACAAGGGUUGCAGUGGUGGUGAGAAGAGACGCACGAGUAUUGGUGUGCAGUUGUUGGCCAAUCCCUCGGUUUUGUUCUGCGAUGAGCCCACGACCGGCUUGGACGCUACCAGUGCUUUUCAAAUUAUUCGCACACUAAAUCGGCUGGCUCGAGAUGGUCGCACCGUGAUCGUUUCCAUUCAUGCACCUCGUUCCGAAAUUUGGAGACUUUUCGACAAUGUUAUCCUUUUGGCUCGGGGCUCACCAUUAUAUAGCGGAUCAGUGAGCGACUCAGUGGCGCACUUCGAACAAUGCGGCCAUAUGCUACCUCCAUUUGUCAACCCUGCGGAGUUUCUAAUAGAUUUGGCGGCAAUUGAUAAUCGCACUGAAGCUCUGGAAGCAGCGUCUUAUGACAGGGUGAACAAUCUUCGGCAGGUGUGGCGAUCACGGCCUUUCACAGAGACUGAGGAGAAGCAGCCCCCUCUGGCGCCCGUACUGCGCGGCGUCGGAACAGGAGCAAUGAAGAAAGUCUCUUUUCGUAGACAAGUGUGUGUCCUAACAUCGCGAACAUUCAAGACAACUCUUCGAGACCCAAUGGGUGUCGCUGGCAGUUUGCUCGAAGCUGUUGGCAUGGCGGUGAUCAAUGGCUGGAUAUUCCUACAACUUGAUGAAAGCUUGGCAGGGAUUCGCUCUCGAGAAGGCAGUCUGUACACUGCCAGCAGUCUCAACGGUUAUCUCAUUCUGUUGUAUGAGACUUACCGAUUGACCAUCGACAUCCGCCUCUUUGACCGCGAGCGGAAUGAAGGCGUGGUCGGCGUUCCCGCCUUUCUCAUUAGCCGUCGAAUCGCACGAUUCCCACUGGAAGAUCUCCCGGUGCCGCUACUUUUCUCGGUCAUCUUCUACUUCAUGGUUGGCUAUCGCCUCGAUGCAGCACAAUUCUUUAUUUUCUUUGCUUUGACUGUGCUUACGCACUAUAUCGCUGUUACCUUUGCUGCGGUAUCAAUCGGUGUCUCAAGAAAUUUCCCCGGUGCCAGUCUGGUUGGCAAUCUGUCCUUCACCUUGCAGUCGUUUGCAUGCGGCUAUUUCGUUCAAGGUAACCAAAUUCCCGUCUACGUGCGAUGGCUCAAAUGGUGCGCCUAUACGUUCUACAUAUUCGGCGCACUGUGUGCGAACGAAUUCAUUGGACCAGGAGGCUCUGAACUUGGUCAAUUUUACGCAUGUCCAUAUUCUGACAAUCCACUCGAUCCGGCUUGCAAAGAAUACACUGGACGAUAUAUUAUGCAAAGCUUGGGCCUGCCGUCCAAUUGGAUUUGGCGACCUAUCGUUGUGCUGAUAGCAUUCAUGCUCGCUCAUUAUUUCGUGGCUGGUUUACUGCUCCAGUACAAUCGUUAUGCCAUCGACAUUGCCCAAGCUCGAAAGACAGAAGGCGACCCUGCUGCGGGAAAAGCCAAGGUAGCGGUUCGUCCCGCCGAAGAUGUGCGACGAGUUGCCAUUUCGCUGGAGAAAUACGCCUUGGAGAUUCGAAAGAAACAGCUUCCAUGGCAACGCCCUCUCUCACUUCAGAUAUUACAUCCCAUCACGGCAGAAUUCAUGCCUGGGCAGCUUAACAUCAUCAUGGGACCAUCAGGCAGUGGCAAGACGUCACUUCUAAAUUCAAUUGCCCGCCGCUUGCAUGGCUCAGUGGGAACCCAUUAUCGUCUAGACGGUCGGAUGCUGUACAACGGAGCGGUGCCAUCGGAAAAUGUGAUUCGAUCAGUGACCUCGUUCGUCACGCAGGACGACGAUGCCCUCAUGCCAUCACUAACGGUGAGGGAGAGUUUAAGAUUCGCUGCAGGGUUACGAUUACCCACAUGGAUGUCAUCAGAGGAGAAAAACCGCCGGGCAGAGGAAAUUCUAUACAAGAUGGGUCUCAAAGAAUGUGCGGACAACCUCAUCGGCAGCGAACUAAUCAAGGGUAUCAGUGGAGGCGAGAAGCGCAGAGUCACCAUCGCCAUUCAAAUCCUUACUGACCCCAAGGUAUUAUUGCUUGAUGAGCCAACCUCGGGUCUUGAUGCUUUCACCGCGAUGUCAAUUAUCGAGGUCCUCAAGGGCCUGGCAGCCGAAGGCCGCACCCUGAUCAUGACUAUUCAUCAGUCCCGGUCGGAUUUGUUCCACCAUUUCUCACAAGUCUUGCUCUUAGCUCGAGGCGGAUAUCCUGUUUACGCGGGCCAUGGGCAACAAAUGCUUCCCCACUUUGCGGCCUUGGGCCACGAGUGUCCAAAGACGACCAACCCGGCAGAUUUUGUCUUGGACUUGAUCACAGUUGAUCUGCAACAGGAAGACCGCGAAGCCCUCACUCGCCAGCGUGUUCAGCAUCUCAUAAACAAUUGGUCAGAGUCAACUCCUGUUCUGGGACGCGCCUCGUCUCGGAUUGCAACGCCCGCCGAACUUGGUAGUCUUCGUCGCAAGAUGCUGCCAUUUGUGAUCACGUUCCCGAUCGUGCUCCGUCGGUCAUUUAUCAACUUUUGGCGUCAGCCGCCGUUGGUAAUGGCGCGGUCGAUGCAAGUCUUGGGUAUCGGCAUCAUCAUGGCGCUGUUCUUUGCACCACUCAAGAACGAUUAUGCCGCUGUGCAGUCGCGCAUGGGAUUUGUGCAGGAGUUCGCAGCGCUGUACUUUGUAGGAAUGCUUCAAAACAUCGCCAUCUACCCAAAUGAACGUGAUGUCUUCUACCGUGAAGAAGCCGACAAUUGCUACUCCGCCGAGACAUUCCUUCUCUCUUACACGGCAAUCGAGAUUCCGUUCGAGAUCGUUUCGUCCCUCGUGUUCGGUGUGCUGGCCGCUUUUGCCGAUAAUAUGAAGCGAACAGUGCAAAUGUUCCUCAUCAGUGCUUUCAAUUGUUUCUGCAUCAUCAAUUGCGGCGAGUCCGUAGGCAUCAUGUUCUGCACUUUGUUCUCACACGUCGGCUUUGCUGUCAACAUCACCUCUGUCUUGUUAUCUAUCUCCACGAUCCUCGGUGGCGUGAUGAGCCUGAACGUUAACAACGUUCUGCAAGGCAUCAACCACCUAUCGCCAAUCAAGUACGCGAUCGCCAACUUGGCACACUACUCGAUGCAAGGUCAAAAAUUCAGCUGUACCUCCGCCGAGCGACUUGCUAAUGGUCAAUGCCCGAUCAAUACUGGAGAAGAGGUGCUUGCACUGUACAACCUCAAUAAAGACGGAGCAAUGAACAUCAUGGCACUGGGAGUGGCCACAAUCAUUUAUCGAUUCGUGGCAUACGCAUUGCUCAAGGCGAUGCGCUCUCAUCACCUGAUAGAGCGGUGGCGUGAAUGGCGGCGAUCUCGUCAGGCAAAUUAA